ACAGUGCGGAACUAGAAGGCAAAGCUCCGAGUUAAAAAUGUUUCUUUAUCUGCUGUUGAUGAUACUGGCGCUAUCGUUUCUAUGGAUUCAACGCCACUACUCGUACUGGGAAAGGCGCGGCGUUCCGUACGUUGAAGCGUCCUUCCCGCGUGGAAAUCUCCAAGGAGUGGGCCAAAAAUUUCACAUGUCGGCGGCCAUUCAAGCUUGCUACAAGCAACUCAAGGGAAAGGGUCCUUUUGGAGGAAUUUUCUUCUUCUUGAAUCCGGUAGUGCUGGUGACGGAUCUGGAGCUGGUGAAGCGUGUUUUGGUGAAGGACUUUCAGUUCUUCCACGACCGAUCGCUUUAUUACAACGAGAAGGAUGAUCCACUGACGGGAAAUCUGCUCAACAUUGAGGGAACCAGAUGGAGAAACUUGCGCGCCAAGAUCACCCCAACGUUCACGUCCGGCAAGAUGAAGAUGAUGUUUCCGACGAUUGUCGCAAUCGCCGAUCAGUUUCAUGAGCUGUUGGUGCGAGAAAGUGCGGAGGGGGUUGAGAUUGAGAUGAAGGAGGCUUUAGCCAGAUUCACGACGGAUGUGAUUGGGGCGUGUGCGUUUGGGUUGGAGUGUGACAGUUUGUCAAAUCCGGAGUCGAUAUUUCGACAGAUGGGCAGCAGAUUGUUUUCAAAGAGAUCAUUUAGGCUUGUUGUGGCGCAGCAGUUUCGCGAGUUGGCUCGUUUUUUGGGUUAUGUCACCUUCGACAAGGAAGUUUCGAAGUUUUUCUUAAACGUUGUAAGAGAUACAAUUGAAUAUCGAGAGAAGAGUGGCGUUUCUGGGAAAGAUUUCAUGGAUUUGAUGAUUAAACUGAAAAACACCGAAUCGAUAGAUGAUUCUGAAGGUGGCAGCUUGGGGACCUUGACGUUCAACGAAAUUGCAGCGCAGGCGGUAGUAUUUUUCGCAGCUGGAUUUGAGACUUCUGCAACGACAAUGUCCUAUUGUUUGUACGAACUGGCGUUGAAUCCUGCGUUGCAGGACAAAGCUCGCGAUGAUGUCACUCGAGUAAUUAGAAAACAUGGAACUUUGGCCUACGAAGCUGCACAAGAUAUGCAAUAUGUUGGAGCUUGCAUCGACGAAGCACUUCGUAAAUACCCCCCGGGACCUUCACUGUCUCGUGCCGUCACUAAGAACUACAAGGUCCCAAACACGGACACGACGCUGGAAAAGGGCACUUCCGUGUUAAUUCCGGUGUACGCCAUUCACCACGAUCCCGAGCACUUUCCCGAUCCGGAACGGUACGAUCCGGACCGGUUUCUACCGGAACAGCAGGCCACCCGCAAUCCGUACAGUUAUUUGCCUUUUGGUGAGGGUCCACGAAAUUGCAUUGGGCUGCGAUUUGGUCUCACGGUUGCUCGAAUCGGGGUGGCUUACGUGUUGAAAGGUUUCCGGAUCAGUUUGUCAGGUAGGACUCCGGUGCCACUGGAGCUAUCCCGCCAGAAGAUGAUUCUCACCAUAGAAAGGGGAUUGUGGCUUCAUCUGGAGAUGCUUUAGGAACAACACAUUUUUGAACAAAUGUCAAUAAAUAAA